AUGCAAAGCCGAUGUGUCUCCACGAUUAUGAUGCUUGCGCUUGCGGUGGCGCUUGUCCUCCCUGACCUUACCAAGCUGCUGGACGUGUCACAGAACGUUUGGCCAGACGCAGUCAUGAGCAUGAGCAUGGCGAUGUUUACUUGUGAGCUGGUGGCACUGUCGCUGACCGAUGCGAACUACCUGUUCAGCUUUUUCCAGUACAUGGACAUGGUCGGGACAGCAUCGAUGGUAUUCGACAUCUCCUUUCUAAUGGGCGUGGACGUGGCUGAGCCCACACUCCCAGACCAAGACACUGCUCAAUCGCGCGUUAUGCUGCUUCGAGCUAGCCGGGCAGCACGGGUUGGAGCCCGUGCCGGCAGGUUGACGAGAAUUCUGCGCUUGUGCCGUUGUCUGAUUGAUUUAGAUGAUGAAGAUUCGUCCGGAAAACGCCGAAAGAUCGAGCAGUUGGAGCUGAAAGACGAGGUACAGCAUCCGAAGCGAAACAUUGCGAAGGUCAUCUCUGUGAGGUUGGGGAAUCUGCUGGCUACCAGAGUUGCUUGCCUGACAAUUUUUCUGGCAAUGGUGAUGCCUCUGUUUGAUGUCAUGGCAUUCCCACAGAAGGACUUGUCUUUGGAUGCAUGGGUUGGCCAGGUUUCAUACACGAAUGAGCACGAAGAGGCAGCCACGGUUUCUGAGUUGCGCAAAAUGGCAAAGUUCUUCGCUCAUCACAGCUAUGGGCCUUUCGCUGCAUGCAAAGGGCAUCUGGUACAAGACAAGUUUGUCUGCAGCGAGUGGUACGAGGACUGGGACCAGGUGAACUCUGCACCUGUCCGGAACGCAUCUGCGUGGAUGGUGCGCACACCGACUUUCCAGGUAAUCUUCGACAUGAGCAGGCCUGUAAAAGUGAAAGCUGCGGUCGCCUUGCUGAGCAUGCUCUUUACGGUCUGCAUCAUGCUUUGCUUCUCCAUCGCGCUUUCAUCAGUGGUAACCGACCUGGCAGUAACGCCUCUUGAGCGGAUGCUCGGGACGGUGCGAGAGAUAGCCGCGACAGUGUUUCGAUUUAGUUCUAUAGUGAUUGGUCAGCAAGAGGAGGAGGAGUCCCAGUCGGAGACUACAGACAUUGAUAAUGCGGGUGAGAUGAUCUUGCUGGAGAAGGUUGUUGAGAAGCUAUCGGCAAUCGCUGCAGUACACGCCAGCGUUGAACACGUCCUGGACACUGAGGACAUGGACGAGGAAAACAUCGGAAUCCUGAGUAUGCUCCACGGUGACCAUACGAGCAGAGCGAGUUUCAGAAGCCAUCCCCUAGACAAGGAGAGAUCACAGAGUCGCAUUCUGAGGAUAACUCCCGACCUCAGCUUGGAAGCCAAUGGAGUUGAUGAAGAGACAUUCAACAGCUUGAGAUUCAACGUGUUCGACCUCACACCGCUUCAGCUCAAUAAGAUGACGUUCCAUGUCAUGCUCUCACACGCAUCCAGCGCUGCGAUCUUCAAUGGUGCUCACGGAGAAGAAGCGUUGCUCCAGACAUUCGUGUCCGCCGUGCACAAGGGCUAUCCCGAAAAUCCUUUCCACAAUUUCUGUCAUGCAGUGGAUGUGCAAACAACGAUUGUUAAGAUGAUGAAGCUGACAGAGGCAGAUGAUUUUCUGAGCCAUCUCGAGCAGUGCUCUCUGCUAGUUGCAGGGCUGGGCCAUGACAUCGGACAUCCAGGAUUCAACAACGGCUUUCUGUCCGAGGUAGGCCAUGAGCUCGCCCUUAAGUACAAUGACCGGUCUCCGUUGGAAAACAUGCACUGUGCCGUGUUGUACCAACUCUUGGCCAAGCCAGAGACUGAACUCUUUGGCUCGCUCAGCGAUGAUGACUACAAGGAGGUGCGUCGCAUCUGUGUGGAGACCAUUCUGCACACGGACAUGGCAUGCCAUCAGAACAUGGUCAAAGACCUCAACCUUCUGUACCAGAUUCAUGCAGAGGCGUUGCGGCAAUCGGCUUCUCCUCAGCCGAGGGUCACCAGCAGACCAUCUAUUGCCAGACCGAGCAGACGGCGCAGGAGUGUGCUGGAGAGUGCAACGGACCCGUCUCAGAUCUUCUCAGCGCCGGAGCACAAAAUGCUGGUGAUGGAGUCGCUGCUGCACGCAGCUGAUGUGUCGAACCCUGCACGUGAGUGGCAUGUCACUCAAGCCUGGGCUGACAAGUGCCUCGAAGAGUUUUUCGCUCAAGGUGACCAGGAGCGCAGCCGGGGCAUCCCAGUGCAGUUCCUGAAUGACAGGCAAAAGUUGAAUCGUCCACAUUCACAAAUCGGCUUUAUAGAGUUCAUGAUCUCGCCACUCUUUGCAGCACAGAUCUGGCUUUGGCCCAAUCUGUUCGAGUACGGUUCCUGCUUGUCCCUGAACAUUGGGAUGUGGCAGGAGCUCUGGGAAGAAGAGACCUACCCAUCGGAGGAUGAGCUUGAGAAGGCCUGCGGAGCCACAGGGUGA